AUGUCUACCCAGCGAGCAGUCGUCCACAAGUCCCAGGGCGUGGCUGAAGUCCGAACUGACGUCCCUCUCCCCCAGCUCAAGGACGACUACAUCCUUGUCAAGACCAAAGCCAUAGCCCUCAAUCCUACGGACUGGAAAAGCCUCCAGAAUCGCACUUCGCCCGGAGCAAUCGUCGGCUGCGACUACUCGGGUGUUGUGGAAGACGUAGGAACGACCGUCUCCACACGCUUCAAAGUCGGAGAUAGGGUCGCCGGAUUCGUCUUCGGGGCCAACCCGGGCGACCACAACGACGGCGCGUUUGCUGAGUACAUCAGAGCCAAGGGAGAGUUCCAAGUCAAAAUCGCCGAUAACGUGACUUUUGAGGACGCGGCCACUUUGGGCGUGGGUAUUACCACCGUUGGCCAAGGACUCUACCAGUCGCUCGGCCUUCCUCUUCCCCCUAAGAAGGUGCAGGAGCACACCUCGAUCUUGAUCUACGGGGGCUCGACGGCGACCGGGACUCUGGCUGUCCAGUAUGCCAAAUUCUCCGGUCUACACGUUAUCGCGACUGCCUCCCCGCGCAACUUCGAUCUUGUGCGCAAACUCGGAGCGGACGAGGUGUUCGACUACAAAGACCCAGACUGCGGCGCUAAGAUCCGCGAAGCUACCAAAGACAAUCUCAAGCUAGUCUUCGACACCAUCUCUGAGAAGUCUUCUGUAGCCAUCUCGUGUGCAGCGCUCAGCACCCAGGGUGGCCACUACUCGUCCUUCCCUCCCGUGAAGGCCCGCCCGCGUGAUGACGUAAAGUACAGCUCCACACUCGCGUACACCGCCCUCGGGGUAAAGUUUAGCGACGAUUAUCCGGCGAGCCAGGCGGACUACGAGUUCGGCGUCAAGUUUUGGAGGCUAAGCGAAGAGUUGAUCAACAGCGGCAAGAUCAAGGCGCACCCGGUAGAGGUUCGGGCGGGAGGUCUCGACGUUGUCCCGCAAGGCCUGCAGGACCUCAAGGAUGGGAAUAUCAGCGGUGUUAAGCUUGUGUACAAGGUCGAGUAA